UUUGAGGUUAUAUUGGUGGACAGGAUUAUAAAUUAGCCAUAUAUUGUCGUAGUUAGUUAGUUGGUUAUAGUAUUUACUCAAAAUGGCAGAAACAACGCGUGCAGAACAAAUGAAACAAACAGUUGCAAGUAAAGUGAAAGGAAUUGACAUGUACAACCCAGAUAAUCUGAAAACACUAGAAAUGUAUGUUGAAAUCCAAAGCCAAGAGAACGCUUAUGACCUGGAAGCUAACCUUGCUGUUUUGAAGCUUUACCAGUUCAGUCAGAAUUACGACAUUAAGAUUACCUGCCAGAUACUGAUGAAAGCGCUGACCAACUUUCCCCACACUGACUUCAUCCUGUGCAAAUGCCUUCUGAAUGAGCAGCUUACUAAGGAACACCCUAUCAGCCAGAUCAUCUACCUAGCUGAUAUCCUUGAGUGUUGUGAUUUCCAGCUGUUUUGGGAUCAGGUUUACAAGAUGUCUGACUUGACAUCACAAAUCACCGGGUUCCACGACUCUAUUCGCAAGUUCGUCUGCCACGUUGUUGGAAUCUCGUUCCAGACCAUUCAGCGACCGCUGUUGGCCCAACUACUUGGAGGAGUCGAUGACAACGUGCUCAGAUUUUGGGUUCAGAAGUACGGAUGGAAAGAAGAAUCCAACAACAUUAUCUUCAUCGCAAACCAGGAUGAAAAUGUCAAGACCAAGAAUAUUACAGAGAAAAUAGAUUUUGAUGGAGUUGCUAGCCUCAUGGCUUCAUGUAGAUAGAUAUUGUUUUUGUAUUUUUAAAUACACAUUUUCAAUCAA